CAGCAGGAGCACUGGUUUGCAAAGGCGCUGCAAGAGAAGAAGGGAUUUAUUAUUAAACAGAUGAAGGAAGAUGGCGCUUGCCUAUUCAGAGCUGUUGCCGAUCAGGUAUACGGCGACCAGGACAUGCAUGAGGUGGUCCGGAAACACUGCAUGGAUUACUUGAUGAAAAACGCAGACUACUUCUCAAACUACGUAACCGAAGACUUUACCACUUAUAUUAACCGCAAGAGGAAAAACAACUGCCACGGCAACCACAUAGAAAUGCAGGCCAUGGCGGAGAUGUACAACCGGCCUGUAGAAGUGUAUCAGUAUGGCACAGAACCAAUUAACACGUUUCAUGGAAUCCAGCAAAAUGAAGAUGAACCAAUCAGAGUGAGCUACCAUCGGAAUAUACACUACAAUUCAGUGGUGAACCCCAACAAGGCUACAAUUGGAGUUGGCCUGGGCCUGCCAUCCUUCAAACCAGGGUAUGCAGAGCAGUCGCUGAUGAAAAAUGCCAUCCGAACCUCAGAGGAGUCCUGGAUCGAGCAACAAAUGUUAGAAGAUAAAAAGAGAGCCACGGACUGGGAGGCUACAAAUGAGGCCAUUGAGGAACAAGUGGCUCGAGAAUCUUAUCUGCAGUGGUUAAGGGACCAGGAGAAGCAGGCCAGACAGGUAACACUAUCACCCCGCAAGGCCAGUGCAACUUGCAGUUCUGCUACUGCUGCAUCAUCAAGUGGUCCAGAGGAAUGGAGCGGGCGCUCACCCAGACAGCGCAGCACUGCAGGCUCUCCUGAACAUCCUGAUAUUCAUGGCGAUCAAACAAAGCCGUCUUCCCCAGGGAAUGCCCUAGUGUUAGCAAAACCUCCCUCACCGUGUGCACCAGGUAACUACGGCCAAUGCUUUUUCAACUCCGGAGCCGACAGAGCAACUUCCCCUUUGGUAUCUGCACUGGAGUGCAGAGCCAUCAUGCAGCACAUGUCCCCCACAGCAUUUGGUCUGAAGGACUGGGAUGAUGAUGAAAUCCUCGCCUCUGUUUUAGCAGCGUCACAACAGGAAUACUUAGACUCAGUGAAGAAAAACGCCCUGCGGCGGGACCCUUCCCCAGACCACAGCUGAUAUAAACAUUUU